CUGGUGUACAAAAAUGAUGUAUAAGUAGCAUUAUUACAAAAAUUAUCAUAUACCAUCCUCAAUUCUCUCUCCCAUACAUGGUUCCCCUCUAAAUUAAGAUGCCCUCUUAUCCAAGCCUCAACUUUCCCUUCCCAAGGUGGGUUGUUAGUAUACUGCGACGACGAAAAUCAGUGGAACCUGACGCCGGCGACGGCAAUUAUGAGGAAAACACGGCGGCGGUGUGGACGGAGUGUUAUGCUUGCACGCAAGUGGGUGUUCCGGUUUUCCACUCCACUAGUUGCGACGACGCGCACCAGCCCGUGUGGGAAGCGUGUGCCGGUUCGUCUCUGAUUCCCAUUAGAAACAAGCCCGGUUCGUCGUCACUCCUAGUCAGCGCUCGGAACCGCCAGCUGUCUGGACCUUUCGGGCGCGUGUUGGACCCUCGCAGCAAGCGCGUGCAGCGGUGGAACCGGGCGUUCUUGCUGGCACGUGGCCUUGCCUUGGCCAUCGAUCCCCUCUUCUUCUAUGCCUUAUCCAUCGGCCGCGAGGGGUCGCCGCGCCUGCACAUGGACGCCGGCCUCGCGGCGGUCGUCACCGUCCUGCGCACGUGCCUCGACGCCGUGCACAUCUGCCACCUUUGGCUGCAGUUCAGGCUGGCUUACGUGUCCAGGGAGUCGCUGGUGGUCGGCUGCGGGAAACUUGUUUGGGACGCGCGCGCGAUUGCCUCCCAUUACGUUCGCUCGCUCGAUGGCUUCUGGUUCGACGCUUUUGUCAUUCUUCCAAUUCCUCAGGCAGUGUUUUGGUUGGUGGUACCAAGAUUGAUCAGAGAAGAGCAGGCGAAGCUGAUAAUAACCAUUCUUCUACUUAUCUUCUUGUUCCAAUUCCUCCCAAGAGUCUACCACAGCAUAUCCUUAAUGAGAAGAAUGCAGAAGGUCACAGGCUACAUUUUUGGCACCAUUUGGUGGGGCUUUGCCCUCAAUCUUAUUACCUACUUCAUGGCGGCCCAUCUAGCCGGGGGAUGCUGGUAUGUACUUGCCAUUCAACGAGUUUCUGCGUGCCUUGCGCAGAAAUGUGCUGGGAAAAAAAGGGCAUGUCAUCUCCCCCUGUCCUGCUUGGAUGUUAAUGGACCAUUUGGUUAUGGAAUAUACAAAUGGGCUCUUCCUGUAGUUUCCAACCAAUCUGUUGCUGUCAAAAUUCUUUACCCCAUCUUCUGGGGACUCAUGACUCUUAGCACAUUUGGUAAUGAUUUGGAACCAACAAGCAACUGGUUGGAAGUCAUUUUCAGCAUAUGGAAUGUGCUUAGUGGUUUAAUGCUGUUCACCCUAUUGAUUGGAAACAUUCAGGUAUUUUUGCAUGCGGUGAUGGCAAAGAAGCGAAAAAUGCAACUGAGGUGCAGAGAUAUGGAGUGGUGGAUGAAGAGAAGACAACUUCCGUCAAAACUGAGACAGAGAGUGCGCCAUUUUGAACGCCAGAGAUGGUCUGCCACGGGCGGGGGUGAAGACGAGAUGGAAUUGAUUAAAGACUUGCCCGAAGGUCUCCGAAGAGACAUCAAACGCUUUUUGUGCCUUGAUCUCAUAAAGAAGGUAUAGCACGUACAAUAAUAUCACAUAAACUACACCACACUACAUCAAACGGUACGUAUGUUUAUAUGAGUUUUCCUCCCUUAUGGGAUUACUUUUAAGGAAGGUUCCAUUACGAUGUCAAGGAACCAACUCGAAUCAACCAAAAACUCAAGUUUGUAUAUGGUUGUAGGCCAUGUCCACGAAAGAUUUUUAUAUAUUCUAACGUACAAAUUUAAGCCCGACGACUUCUAAAGCGCUACUUAAAUAUAUAUAUAUUUACUUUUUCUUGAACUGGCUACUAUUUCCUCUCGCUCCAUAGUAUGAAUAAUUGCAGGUUCCUUUUUUCCACAAUUUGGAUGAUCUCAUUCUUGACAACAUCUGCGAUCGCAUUAAGCCCCUAGUAUUCUCCAAAGACGAGAAGAUAAUAAGAGAAGGAGAUCCAGUGCAGCGGAUGGUUUUCAUAGUCCGGGGCCGUGCCAAAAGUAGCCAAAAUCUUAGCAAAGGGGUGAUGGGCACAAGCAUUCUUGAGCCAGGAGGCUUCUUAGGUGAUGAACUUCUGUCAUGGUGUCUACGGCGUCCCUUCAUCGACCGGCUUCCGGCGUCUUCUGCAACAUUCACCUGCAUUGACCCCAUAGAAGCCUUUGGGCUGGACGCGAACCAUAUCCGCUUCAUCACCGACCACUUCAGGUAUAAUUUUGCAAACGAGAGGCUCAAGUGGACCGUACGGUAUUAUUCUGCCAACUGGAGGACAUGGGCGUCUGUUAACAUUCAGUUGGCAUGGAGACGUUACAGGAUGAGGAGGACAGGUCAGGUAGUGAAUGUGACGGCGCCCGUUGGUGACAAUGGCGGCGACCACCGCCUUAGACAGUACGCCGCAAUGUUCUUGUCAAUCAGACCACACGAUCACCUUGACUAGUAUCGUAUGUACAAAAUUAAAACUUCAUUCAAUUUCUUAUUUUAUUUGGGUUACUCAUUUGAUAAAAAAUAUAAUAAUGUCUUUUUA